GUGAGGCGGGUCGUGUGUGGAGAUGUGACAGGACUAGCGUCGCAUGUGGAGCAGGGCGGGGCUGCGCCUGCGCAAGAGCAGCCGUGGUGCGAGACCGCGCGCAGGCGCCCUGAACGGCUUCGUGCAGUCCGGCGGCUCCCGAGUAGGAGGCGGCGGCGGCGGCGGCAUCUGAGGCGCGGCCUAGCUUGUGAGGCGCGUUUUUUACCUCGUCAGCCUGGGUUCCGGCAACAACAUGAGUAUCGGCGGCUCGGAUCGGAACGAGGAGUUCUACCAGCAGCUGCGGCUGCAGGAGCUGUACGGCAAAAAGGACGAGGAAGGCGGCGAGGACCCUUUCACGUACACGGACCCGGCGGACGGGACGCAGUACGAGUGGGAUCGCGACAAGAGGGCCUGGUUCCCGAAGGUGAGGGGCGGGGCCUGUUCCCGUCAUGGCAUGGACAGGGAAAGACGCCGCCGCCGCUGUUUCUUUGCUUCUAAUUUCAUUACGUUUGUAUGCCGACUUUCAUCCAAAGAUCUCAAGGCGGUUCACAGCACAAAAACACAAAAUACAUAAUAUAAAAGCAAGAACCGGAGCAAAGUAUGACUUAGCUCUCGUUUAUUUCUGCUAUUUAUACAGUGGCCAAAAUGUUCUGAGUGCAGGUUAAUAAUGAUCAUGGUUAUAAUAAUAGUAAUAUUGGUGGCCCGGGUUUGUAUGGGGCCUUUUACAGGCUGGCCCAAAGGAGGUGAUGGAACCAAUGGUAGCUCGCUGUGACUUGUUUGCAAAACACUUUGAGCAUAAAAUUGCUUGCAUCCACCAAGACUUUGACUCUGCUGUUACAGCAGAUGAAUCUCAUGGGGUGUCCAGAGCACAGUCUAGUCCUGUUAUUGGAUGAGUUUCAGUUGGUAAGGCUUGAGGAUGUGGACAAGGUGCUCUGAUCAGUCAGGGCAACAACUUGCACUCUGGAGUCUAGACCCUCGCCCCUCUUGGCUGAUAAAAACCAGCAGGGAGGGAACAGCUGGGCCAGGGAGGUGAUCAAUGCCUCUUUAAGAGAGGGGGGUGGUCCCUGCCUGUUUGAAAGAAGCAGUGGUAAAACCACUCCUUAAGAAACCUUCCCUGAAUUCAGAAAACCUAACUAACUACUGGCCAGUUGCUAAUCUUCUUUUCCUGGGCAAGGUUCUAGAGUGAGUAGUCACGGACCAGAUCUAGGCGCUUUUGGAAGAAACUGAUUUUUCUGGAUCAAUUUCAAUUGGGGUUUAGGCACAGUUUUGGCACAGAAACUGCUUUGGUCACCCUGUAUGAUUUCUGUCAAGAGAGAGAGAAGGGAUACAUUUCCCUGUUAAUUGUUCUCGACCUCUCAGCGGCUUUCGAUACCAUUGACCAUGGUAUCCUUCUGGAGUGACUCUCCAAACUAGGGGUGUGUGGCAACACUUUGCGGUGGUUCCAAUCCUACUUGGAUGGCCGUUCCCAGAGGGUGCUACUUGGGGAAUGCUUUUCAACCCCGUGGAACCUUCAGUGUGGGGUUCCACAGGGCUCAAUCCUAUCCUCCAUGUUGUUUAACAUCUGCAUGAAACCACUGGGUGGGGUUAUCCAGAGGUUUGGAGUAUUUUUUUGUCAGCAGUAUGCUGAUGACAGUUAGCUCUAUUUCUCCUUUAUAUCUGCAGGUGAGGCAGUGGAAGUGCUGGACCAGUGUCUUGCCUUGGUAAUGGAUUGGAUGAGAGCCAACAAACUAAAUCUCAAUCCAGAUAAGACUAAGGCACUGUUAGUGGGUGAUUCCCCAGACCAGAUGACUGGGACAUCGCCUGCUAUUGAUAGGGUUACACUUCCUCUCAAGGAGCAGGUUCGCAGCUUGGGGGUACUCUUUCACCCUUUGAUGUUGCUGGAGGCUCAGGUGGCCUCAGUGGUCCGGAGUGCGUUCCAUCAGCUUCAGCUGUUGUCUAUGCUCUGGUAACUUCAAGGUUAGAUUAUUGCAAUGUGUUAUACGUAGGGCUGCCUCAGAAACUUCAGCUAGUGCAGAAUUCAGCAGCCAGGUUGCUCAGAGCAAGACGGUUUGAGCAUAUUACACUGAUCCUGGUCUGACUGCACUGGCUACCAAUUAGUUUCCAAGCCCAAUUCAAAGUGCUGGUUUUGACCUAUAAAGCUUUAAACGGUUCAGGACCACAAUACCUCAAGAACCGCCUCUUCCAUAUGAACCUACCCGGACUCUCAGAUCAUCUUCUGAAGCCCUCCUUCGUGUGCCUCCUCCUUGAGAGGACUGGAGGGUGAAAGCAGGAGAACGGGGCCUUUUCUGCAGUGACUCCCUGUCUGUGGAAUGCUUUCGCCAGGGAAGUUCACCUGGCACUUUCAUUAUACACCUUUAGGUGCCAGGCAAAAAUGUUCCUUUUUAACCUUUGGUUGAGCGGAUUGACAUCCAACAUCCUGUACCCUUUUAAAAUGCGGCUCUUUUUUUGGGGGGGGGUGUUAUUGGGUCAUUGUUCUUAUUUUGAUUUUAUAUAUUGUAAUCUUUUCUGUGAACUGCCCUGAGACCUCUGGGUAUAGGGCAGUAUAUAAAUUUAAUAAACAAAUAAAUAAAAUUAACAGCCCAGCAAUAUCUGCAGAGCCAAAGCCCACCCCCCGCAGCCCCAGGUCCACUUAGAGCUAGGGUACAGUUAAGGAAUCAUAAUCAUAAUACAAAUAAGUGGUGUUAAUGUUAGCCAAGCUUUUUGCUUUGGGGCUGUUCUUAAUAUUCUCUGAAUUGGACUGGUAGUUUUUGCCUGGUGUGCUUUGCAGUGCAGCAAUUCCUCCCUCCCAGGAAAUACAAAUUGGAGAUCUAUGUCUUUUACUUUUAUUUCAUGUGGAAAAAUUCCAUGUAUGCCUGGUCCCCACAUUGGCAGAGUUAAUUAAUGUUUAUAUGCAAAUUUACUUUGGAGUGACCUUUGUCCGUUUUGUGUUUUAGUAUGUGAAUUAUAAAACUUACUUUGAAGAAGAAAAACACUAUUUCAAAAAGGUCUUGAUUUGCAGUCUAUUGACAGUAGUGCAGUAAUUUCCCUCACAGCUCAGUUGCCACGGCAGCCACUGUGGAGAAUUAUCUUAAUGUUUUAGAUUGACAUGUGCCCUGUGGAUGCGGGCUGAAUCAGUGAUGUAAAAUAUUUUCAAAGUUUGUUUUGAUGCCAUGUAGCUAAUAAUAAUAAUUUUAUUAUUUGUAUCCCAUCCAUCUGUACAUGCAUUUGUCUUUGAAGACAACACUUUGUGUUUCGUAAUUGAUUUUAGAAUUUUAGAAUUUUCAGUGAAAUUUGUAAAGAGGAAAGUAAUAGUAAUAAUAAUAAUGGAAUAGGAAUAUAAGAAGAGCCUGCUGCAUCAGGCCAAUGACACUUAUAAAUCCAGCGUCCUGUUCCCACAGUGCCCAACCGGAUGCCCCCGUGGGAAACCCUCAAGCAGGGCCCCAGCACAGCAGCCCUCUCAUCUCCUACUGUGGUUUCCAGCAACUGGGUAUUGAGAAGCCUUUCUGCCUCCCAACUGUGGUGGCAGAGUAUAUCCAUUGUGGCUGGUGGCCAUAAUGAUAGCAUUACUGUCCACAAAUCCUCUUUUAAAGCCUGUUCCAUAAAGUGAGUUCCAUAGUUUUAAGGAAGUGCUGUGUGAAGACUUUAUCUGUGCUGAAUUUUCCAAGAGGAAGGUGGGUGAGUGAAGCUCUUGGGGCUCUCCUACUAUUCGUAUUAAUAUGAGUACAAUAGUGUAACUCCAAAGUAUCUCCUAAAAAGAUCAACAUUAACAAAUGAAACUAAAUAGGGGAAAUACUUUUUAAUGUUCAUUUGAUAAAGUAACCUAUAAGGAAACACUAUUGCAUUAUGCUAGGGGUGGCUAAUCUUUGGCUUUCCAGAUGGUAGCUGAAUUUUAAUUCCCAUCAACCCCAAGUAGCAUGGCCAGUGCUCAGGGAUGAGGAGAGCAGGAGUCCAGCAGCAUCUGGAAGGCAACAAGUUAGCCACCUCUGUAUUAAACAAUGCCAUGCCCUUUUGAAUUUUGUAAGGGGUUGUCCUUAUAAGUUUUAUAAAUAGAUAAAAUUAUAAUGAAAAAAAAUGCUACAAAGAACAAUUUAGAAGGAAUAAAAAGAUGGCAUUGCAUCAAUGUCAUAUUUUGUUUCAGAUACGGUGAAGUACCUGCAAAGAAUUGCACAGGUCAGACAUAAUUUCUCUUCCACCCCCCUUCCCCAUUUCCAGUUUCUUGGGAGAGAAACUGUUCUUCACUUUAUACUUGUGCUCCUUUGCUCAGCCAAAAGUUGGGUGGGGAGCUCAUCAUCCUUGUCCAAUAGGGGAUGUACACUUGCCACAGUGAACAGGCCUGUAGAUCCCUUCUUAGGGUAGUUCACUGUUACAUUGGAAAGUUAAAAACAACAUAUAGUAACAAAAAGGUAAAGAGCUCUUUCCCCUUCUUAACACCAAGCAGUAGUCUAGGUGAAGAGAUUUUUUAUUUAUCCAGACUUUCUAGCUGUUUUUUGAAAUCCUGGCUGUAAAUUAUUUUAUGCUGCCUCUGUGCAAGGAGGUUACUUACUUUUUUAAAAAAACUGUUAUUGUACAGGGUGAGUCCUUUAAAAGAGGCCCCAUGGAUACAGAGUACACAUGUUCCACGGGGCCUCUUUUCAAAGACUCAUCCUGUAUAAAGCACAUUCUAUAUUUUUCUGUUUGCUGCCUCGGGAAUGCUUAUUAAUAGGUUGUCAAAUGUUGUUCAUUCAGGAUAAAUAUAAAUCAUUAGGGACUUAAUCUCUUAGAUAUGCAAAGCUGCUGUGGUUCACAAAAUGACUUGUACUGAUGUACCUAUAGCAGCAUCCUUAUACCUUGUAUACCAGCUGGCUGGGACUGAUGGCAACUGUAGUGUGAAACUGCUGGAGAGCACCAUAUUGAGGAAGGCUGUUAUAAAAGAUGCAUGUUUGUCCUCCUAUACUGUCAUUUGCAGUUCCAUUAUGAAAGGCCUCUGCCCCAUAAUUUAAAAAAUAGAACAUGAUCAUCAUGAUUUGUUUCAGUGUUUAGAUUGGUACAUUUAUCACAUGUAGUAGCUCUGGGGAGCAGGUGGCGCUGUGAUCUAAACCACUGAACCUCUUGGGCUUCCUAAUUGCAAAGUCGACAGUUCGAAUCCGCAUGCCAGGGUGAUCUGCCGUUGCUCUGUCCCAGCUCCUGCCAACCUAGCAGUUCAAAAGCAUGCCAGUGCAAGUAGAUAAAUAGGUACCACUGUGGCAUGAAGGGAAAUGGCAUUUCCGUGUGCUCUGGCACUCGUCACAGUGUCCUGUUGCACCAGAAGCUGUUUAAUCAUGCUGGCCACAUGACCUGGAAAAACUGUCUGCAGCCAAUCACCAGCUCCCUCAGCCUGAAAGCGGAGCUGAGCGCUGCACACCAUAGUCAAAUUCGACAGGACUUAACCAUCCAAGGGUCCUUUACUUUUACUUUUACGUAGUAGCUCAGACGGAAUCCCUUAUCUAUCUCUACUCUGAAUUCUCUUUUAGGUUACUGAAGAUUUCCUGGCAACAUAUCAUGCUAACUAUGGCUUCCCCACUGAAAGUUCAGAUAAUUCAUCUGCAUCUCUUACAAAGACUGAAUCUAAAACUCCUAAAGAUUCAAAGAAUACCAAGAUCCAGCAGCCAACAGAUCCAAAAGCAUCUCAGGCAACAGAUCUUAAACAAAGAGGAGAGAAAAGGAAACCUGAUGCAGGCAUGUUGUGCAUGACUUAGAAGUAGUCUGCUGCUCAAGAAGAAAUGUCUAUUUCUGUGGAGUUGAGCAUUUAACAGCUUCAGUGGCAAUGUUGCAUGCAUCUUCAUACUGAAAGAUCUCAUUACCACUCAGAAAGACUACUUAAUCUCUUCUGAAAGUCUAAAUUUUAAAGAAUCAAAUGACAGGCAACUUUUAAUGAUUUGUGAUCUUUGGUAAAGCUGCAUAAAUGUGAAUAUAGGAAGCUGCCUUAGGUCAUGUCAGACUGUCUGUCUAGCCCAAUAGUGUCAGCUCUGAUUGGCAGCAGUUCUCUAUGGUCUCAUGUGAAUUUCUGUGGUCUCAUGUGCUGGUUUAGAACUGCAACAUAACUAAUCUAAUCAUGAUCUGCUCCUUAGGAUGGUUUCAUGUUGAAGAACAGAGAAACACAAAUGUAUAUGUGACAGGUAAGAAAAAAAACUCUUGGCAUUUGCAGAUUGCUGAAGAUGCAUUGGGAAGCCUUAUGGUUGAAAGUCAAACCUUAUGGUUAGGAAGACAGAUGUAUCUGAAUAUACUUUAAAAAUAUAUUAUUUUACUUUGGAUUGCAUAAAAGCUUUGCAGUGGAGCAAAACCUUUCUGGAAGUUGAAGAAGAGAAAAAUGAUGGAAUUUUAUUCAGGAUUUUAAUACAGUUUAGCUGGCUGGAAUAUAGGAAAUAAAAUAAAAUAAAAUAAAAUAAUAAAACAAAACAAAACAAUACCACCAGGGAAAUUGUAGGUGGGUAACGCUAACAACAAAAUAACCUAUUAAAAACUGGGUUCUGUGCGUAUAUUUGAGAAACACGUAACAGAAAUUAUUACGCAGAAGUUAUUUAUGCUGAAAUGUGUGAAUUUUUUGUCAGCCUCCUACCUUCUCCAUUGCUUUUCUGCUUAACUAUAAUUGAGAGCCACACUUUGUCCAUUUAGUGGUGAUAUGGAUACUACUGACUCUUAGGCAAGUGGGACCUGCAACUGCUAACAAAUCCCCUUUAGGCAAGUUCAUUCCAUCCAAGUUAGAAAGCUGUCUUAUAGCAAGUCAGGCCAUUCGUCCAUCCAACAGAAAAAUGCCUACGCUGCCAGUGGCCCUCUAGGUUUCUGAAGAGCCUUUCCAGCCCUCUCUGGGGAUGCCAGGGGUUGAAUCUGGGACCUUCUGCAUACAAAGCAUGUGAAUUAUGACCCCUUUCUGUUGUUCAACACUUGCGAAGUGCUUACAAUUUUCUAAGUACUGUAUGGAUAUUAAAAGUUAAGAAAGUUGCUGCCUGCAGGCUUACAAUCUGACAUAUUUCUGUUGAAAUACAAAAAGUAUAUACGUUAAUGAAAUGGGGAAAUAAAAGAAAAUUAGGCGUGGAACAGCUAUACUUUAGCAGCUGUUGAAUGGGACCAGAUUGAUCUCUCUCUUGCUCCAGAUCUCUUGGUGGGUAGCAGAAGCCAGAGUGUGUCUCUCUUCAGCUCUGCAUCCCUGAUGCAGUUCUCCAGCUUACGUCAGUUGUCCAUAAAACCUUUUUUGUGGCACUGAAACACGAGGACUGUGACUCCUUUCCUUCCUAGUACCCCCUCCUGCAACUUCUGCUCCCGUCCUCUCUGCUCCUGAACGUGUCAAAGCAGAGUUGAUGUUUGAAGUUCCAGAUGCUUUCCAUGGAUUCAUUCUGGAAGGCUCCUCUGGGUCAGGAUCAUCAGAUUUCAACUCUGGAAAAGGGAGGGAGAGUGAGCUGUGCUUCAUGACCUCCCUGAAUACCGCAAGAAAUACCUGCUUUCAUUAAAACAAUUCACUGCAUGGCACAUACUUUGGGAUCUUCCACUGUGUUCUUAAGUCCAAAAGCCAGGAGAUAAUGCCAGAAAGCGUGUGAGUAGGGAAGACUAAAGGUAUAUUGAAGAACACCAGGAACCUUGUGAUGAGUUAGAAUCCUCUAUUUUAUUCUUCUGUAUAAAUUGAUUUUGUGAAGUUGGCAGGUGUAUUUCUUGCAAUUGUUUAAAUUUAUUUCCACAGGUUUGCCACCAGACAUUACGAAAGAUGAGUUUGUGCAGGUUAUGUCAAAAUGUGGUAUUGUUAUGCGUGAUCCACAAACAGAGGAGCCUAAAAUUAAACUUUACAAAGACAAAGAAGGAAAUCUUAAAGGAGAUGGGCUCUGCUGCUACUUAAAGGUUAGUUGUAUGCUUCAGUUAUACUUUCACAAUGAUGCUUUCAGCCUUUCACUUGUCUCUUUGUUACUUUGAAUUUUAUUUUUAUUUUGAGCAGUCACUGGGACUUCAAGGUAGCUUAUUAUGGUAAUUUUUUUUGUAAGUUUUACCUCUUCACAAGCCAGACUUUGUUGUUUAGUUGGAAGGUAAGAGUCCUUCCACCUAAGUCUGAAUUACCUCUUCUAAUUUUUUGUUUUUAUUUUUAAUAAUAGAGAGAAUCUGUUGAAUUGGCAUUGAAACUAUUGGAUGAAAAUGAAAUUAGAGGCUACAAAUUGCAUGUGGAAGUUGCACAGUUUCAACCAAAGGGGGAGUACGAUGCCAGCAAGAAGAAAAAGAAAUGCAAGGACUACAAAAAGAAGCUGUCUCAACAACAAAAGUGUGUAGUCAUUUCUGUAAAUAAAAUUGGCUUUUACAUUACUGGGAGGAAAUAUACAGGCUAAAACCUGAAAUCUAAAAAUAUGUCAUUCAUUUAAACCAGUGAAACAAAGUUUCUAAACUGUCUGGCACACCUUGCAGUUGGCUGUUAUACCUUUUAUGAUUUCUAAACUUCAGGAUAUUUUGUUGAUACUGAGUGUGCUGUCGUUUAAAGCUAUGUCCACGCUUAUUUUUAUAUUAAGUAGAGUAAGCCUGCAGCAAUACAUGCUUGGCAAAAAAAGCAAGAAGAAUUGUAAAAAUGAAAAAGUAGGUAGAUGUCAGGGGAAAAAUACUUUGACAGUUGCACCUGGCCUUGCAUCCGGUAUGUUUUGACUAUAUGUGAUAUUGGCUUUAGGCGCGAUCUCCAGAAUGUAACCUCCAUGUAAGUUGAGGGCUUACUCUAGUGGUGUGACAUUUUUACCACAGUUUUUUUUUUUACAGCAGCUGCCUGAUACCUUUAUCUCAAAAGCUGCUCCAAAUUUCACAAGGGACUAGCUUCAAACUAAAUAUAUACUGCUGGUGCUGAGUUCAGUGGGGCUUAGCCCGAGGUAAGUGAGUAUGGGAUUGCAGCCUUCUUUAAAUUGCCAGAGACUUAAAUCAGGUGGUUUUCCAAUAGUUUUUCAGAUUCAGGUUGCUAGCUUCAUUAUGUGUUAUGAAAUAACUGCCGGUGCUGAGACCUUGAUUUAGGAAAUAUCAAAUUUAAUGGUUUUUUCCCAACAAACUCUUAUAGAAACUGAAGAGAUCAGCCCCAACCCCUUACUAUUGCUUCAUUUCAUUAGACUGCUGGAUUGGAGACCGGAGAAGAAAGAUGGCAGUGUUCGAAUGCGGCACGAGCGUGUUAUCAUUAUCAGGAACAUGUUCCACCCAAGCGAUUUUGAGGUAGGGAAGCACAUCACACCCCCCCCUUUUUUUAAUGGAAGGCACAAAAGCUGGGAAUGGCAAGUGCAGGUAGUCAUGCUAGGAAAAGAAUCUAAACUGAAACUGCAGCAUGCCUUUUAGGACCAACUAAUAAUAAUAAUAAUAAUAAUAAUAAUAAUAAUUUUUAUUUAUACCCUGCCCUCCUCAGCCAAGGCCAGGCUCAGGGCAGCUAACAAGCAAUAAUAAAAACAAGUUGAAUGAAUACAACAUAAAAACAAGAUUAAAAGAUAACAAUUAAAAUAUUGGAACAUUAAAAUAUUAAAAUGCAGCCUCAUCACAGGAGGAGAAAGGAAAAAGAAAAAAGAAAGAGGGGGAGGGAAUCAAAUUGGCUCCAAGCCAAAGGCCAGGCGGAACAACUCUGUCUUACAGGCCCUGCGGAAAGAAAUCAGAUCCUGCAGGGCCCUAGUCUCAUGAGGCAGAGCCAGAGUUGAAAAGGCCGUGCUCUAGCUGAGGCUAAUCUAACUUCCUUAGGGCCUGGGACCACUAGGGUGUUGCUAUUUUUGGACCUUGAGGCUCUCUGUGGGGCAUACGGAGAGAGGCGGUCCCGUAGGAACGAGGGUCCUAGGCCGUGAAAAAGAUACAUGAUAGGUAUCUGAAGAAGUGUGCAUGCACACAAAAGCUUAUAUUUAGAACAAACUUAGUUGGUCUCUAAGGUGCUACUGGACUAUUUUUAAAUUUUUUAUUUUGACUGUGUCAGACCAACAUGGCUACCUACCCGAAUUUAAAGAUGUGGUUCUUUUAAUUCUAAGAAAAUAUUGUAAAAGGAUAUUUUAUUUCAUGUAUACUUUGUUCAUUUAUACCACUUGUUCUUUUUCACAUGGGCAACACAGUAGCCCUGCUAAGAUUCCAUUAAUGUUGGCCAGGAGCAUUCUGUCCUGUAAGGAAGACGUUUUUCUUUUGGAGUUAUGCUUUGAGCAUCAGAUGAAUAUGAAACCCAUUUUCAAUAAUACUCAUUAAACAGUUUGGCCAGGAUUGGCUUAGUGUCUCAGGAUGGUAUAGCCAGUAUGUGGAAAUUCUUGUUUCUGAAGCAUUGUUGGAAAAUGCUUUUAAGACGUAAUCUUGUAACUGGAUCUUUUUGCAGGAAGAUCCUUUAGUGCUAAAUGAGAUAAGAGAAGAUCUUCGGACAGAAUGUGAAAAGUUUGGACAAGUAAAGAAAGUCAUUCUAUUUGACGUAGGUAAUUUUACAUGAUCGUAGUUGUUAGCUGUAUGUAGCAGAUACUUAAAUUGUAUUCAGUGUUAAAUAUUUUGCUUUUUUUUUUGAGAAACUGUUUUAGAAGAAGUUUAGAUUGACUGCCAGAUACGUUUAAAGUUUCUUGGAUUUAAAAUGCUUCACUUUAUUAAUAAAUAGCCCCCAUCCUCCUGAGCUGCUCAGGGUGGUAUUUCUCUGUCUUCUUCCUCUCCUCUUGAUCCUCACAGCUAUCCUGCAAGGUAGGUUAGAUUGAGAGAUCACCAAGACACCAUUGUGUCUGAACAGGGAACGGAUUCUAGGUCUCCCAGGUAGAAAAUCUAUUAUUCCGUCUAGUACACCAUACUAAACAGACAGAUAGUCAGUGAAGAUGGUGCCUCGCAAGAAUGUGUUUAAGCAGCUAUAGAAUUCUGAUGUUGAUACUGCCAUUGUAAGUAUAUAGGCUGACAAAUAUUUAAGAUAUUCAGGAAUAUGGUGUGAUGAUAGCCAUCUCGUAAUGUUUUCAGAGUUUCUUUCUUUCUGGAAGUGAUUCUCUGGUACCAUGGUACUUUUAUAGUGUUCUUGCUCUUGAAGUCCCAGUAGUCUUCUACAAUCUGUCAUUAUGUUUAAGCGUAUAAAGGCCUAGAUUGGAUUUGAUAGCCUCUGGCUCUCUUUUGUUUUUAUAGAGGCACCCAGAUGGUGUUGCUUCUGUGUCAUUUAAAGAAGCAGAAGAAGGAGAUGUCUGCAAACAGGCACUCAACGGGCGAUGGUUUGGUGGACGUCAGCUCUCUGUGGAGACAUGGGAUGGUGUAACAGAUUAUCAGGUGUGUCUCUAAUAAUAAUAAUAAUAAUAAUAAUAAUAAUAACUUAUUGUUUAUAUCCUGCCCAUCUGGCUGGGUUUCCCCAGCCACUCUGGGCAGCUUCCAACAAAACACUAAAAUACAAUAACCUAUUAAACAUUAAAAGCUUCCCUAAACAGGGCUUUUAGCUGUUUGAGAGAUAUUUGAAACUAUGUCUGUAUAUGAUGCAUUACAUAGAGGCUGCUUUCAUACUGUAGGUUAGAAACCAACACAUCCCCUCUGGCCGGCUAGCCCAGGGUGAAAGCUCUGGAUCUCAGGCAUUCAUAAUCACAACGGAGAAUUGGAAAUUUGAGUACUUUAUAUUUUCAAAGCACUUUCUCACUUUAAGUUUUGCUCUGCAGUCAUGAUUCCAAUAAAAAUUUUGGUUCCCUGCCCCCCCGCGGGAAUGAGCCCGUUUUUGAAGUGGUGCAACAAAGCAUGUCCCUUUUAACCCAUAACAAAAAAAAAGAGUCACCUUAAAUUUAGCCAGUGGCAUAACAUGCUGUUACAUUCUCCCCUCAUCCCCUGGGCUCAUCCAGCUUAUUACUAUUAAUGCAGAGCUUUCCAUAUACAUGUUGUUUUACAAAGAAUGAGAAGAUUCUCAUGGUGGUGUAUAAUUCAGGAAACAAUAGAAGGGAGACAACAGAGGGGACAUAGGAGGAAAUGGUUAUAGACCACUGCAAGUCCCUUUGGGUUUGGUGCAGCUUACUUAUUAGCAAAGAUGUAUAGGAACAUUCUUUAGUUCCACAAAUCCCAUUUAUUUCAGUGGAAUUAACUUAGGAAUGAUUAACUUUUCAAGUUGAUUUGAGUGGGGCCAGUGUAAUUCACAGCACAGAUCUAUUCACAAGGAAGUCCCUUUGAGCUCAACAGGACUUACUUUUAGGCGAGUGUAUCCAGGAUUGCAAUCUAAAUUGAGUUGGAUCCCAAUUCAUCAUUUUGAAUUUUUAUUAAUUUGUUUUUGUUUGUUUAGUUUACCGUUUUUUAAUACCAUCAUAUAUAGAAGAUUAUUAGACACCUUAAACUGAGAUUAGGAUGGGUACAGAUAUUUAUUCUGUCAACUUGAGAUGAAGUGUGGUAUAUAAAUGUAAUAAAUAAGAGUUUUAAAAAUCUGGUCUUUCUUAUAGGUCAUACAUUUUAUGUGAUACUCACCUGAAUUUAGAUCUGAUGUUUAAAGCUUUGUAUACAGAAGACAUUGAAACUUAGGUCUGUCUCACACUUAAAUCCACUUAGGCUUUCAGCAGCCUUAAGUCUUCUUGUACUGUUUGUUCAUAAGAGUUUUAUUUGUGUGUGUUUUUAGUGCAGUUAAUUUACUUUAGGUUUGAGGGGCAUUCCUGCAAUAUAAAUGUAAUACUUAGCAUAGGUUUUGGUUAGGUUUCUGAAGCUUUGAUUAUUAAGUCACAAGCAGAAAGCUCCCCCACCCCCUUUUUGGCACAAAAACAUUUACAUAUACUUUCAUAUGUGAUCGCAGGUCGAGGAGACUUCAAGAGAAAGGGAAGAGAGACUGAAGGGUUGGCAGAAGUUUUUAGGUGAUCCAAAUACAGAAAUGCCGAAAACAGCAUCUGACGCAGAUUCUUCGGAAACUGGUGUCCAGCUCCCAGAAGGAGUUCAGCCAUCUAAAGAUAAUAGUGCAUCUGAGGGUGGCCCAAAGAGUGAAGCAGCUGAGAGAGGAGAUAAUGGCGAGCGUACCAACGAAGAUGUCACAGCAUCCACAGAUAGCAGCGUUGCAGGCAGUGACGAGGAAGCAGAGACCUAACGUCUUUAACUCAUUUGUAAAAGCAUGUAUGUAGGGUAACCUUUAGACCUCUCUUAUGCUGUGCUUUGAAGCAACUGCAGGCAGCAUUCAAAUGAAUAUAUAUGCAUUACCCUGUUAAGAUAUCAUCAGCGUGUUUUUGAAGUGUUUCAUUAAUAGCAGCAUUUAAUGAUCAUCUGCUGCUGCUGUCCAAGCUGUGUGUAUGUGUCCAUAAGUUGCCAAGAGCCUGCCUAACUGACCAGCUGUCUUACAUUAUACCUUUGCUUGUCAGUGUUCAAAGUCCAUCAUUGUAAGCAGGUACAGACUUGCAGUUCCUAUUAACUACACAAUGAACUUUAGAAUUACAGAGGUAUGAAUGCUUUUAAUUUUUUUGCUCCCAAUUUCCUAAAUGCCCCAAUCUUUGGAUGAUCCAGUACUUUUUUGGAUGAGCUGGCUUUCCUGAUACUAUGCACUUUUAAAAUAACAGAUCACUGAGAAUACAUUACAGUAUUGGCACCCUGUACAUGUAGCUGGGGAGUGGAAAAAUAAUUAUCACCCGCAAUUAAUAAAGAUAAAUGUUCUGAAAGUACUCUCCUGGGAUGCAAAGUUUUAGAUGACUGAAGUUCCCCUUUCAUUUUAAUUCAUUUUAAAUCCUGAUGAGAUUAUAUGACAAAUAGGAAAAAUGUGUAAAUAAGCCUAACUGAUCUCUGUUUUUAAUUUUUUGAGGAUAAAUUCAUAUUGGAAACAAAGCGAGAGCUUGUGUGGUGGAAGUGUGAUUCUUUUCUUCACCUUACUGUGUUCAGUUGUAGUUGGGUUUCAGGCAUUUGUCAAAGGUGAUGAGCAUAUAGAGCCUGUUUUUAUUUUUUUUGUAUACUUGGUUUUACUACAGGAGACUACAAACAAAAUUGUUUCGCGAUUCCCUCUCAAAAUUGUUGCUCAGAUUUUAAAAGACAGAUGUUUGUUUACAGAUGCAGACCAUUCAGAACUAGCAAGCAUUUGUGUUUUGGUUUUAAAUGUACCUGGCUUCCAAAUGUUGUAUAUAAAAUUAUUUUCCAAUAUCAUUUUUAACAAGGUCUAUCAAAUCAACUGCACUAAAAACCACCAAACUGUUACUGUUUUUAAGCUCAAUUCAGACAUAAUGAGGAACCAUGAACUUCUGUGAUGAGAAUGAGCAGCAGUGGGCGUCUUCCUCUUAAUGUUUAGCAUACCUGUUUUGUAUUUGGGAAUAUGGGAUUAUGUUUUAAAAAAAUUAAAGAGAGAUUAAAUUUGCAUCACAUUUGGACUGUUUGCUUGCUUGAACUUGCUGCCAACAGAUGAAAAAGCAUUUCCAUAUGAAAACUAGAAAUUUGAGUGAACAAUGAGUGUUCAUUCUAGUGUUGUUGGGGAUAUUUUUAGAUACUAUCUGUACAGCCAGGAACAACAACAAAAAUUUAUUUAUAGACCGCCAAGCUGGCUGGGUUUCCCUUGCCAUUCUGGGCAACUCCCAAUAGAAUAUUAAAAACACGAUAAAUACAUCAAACAUUAAAAACUUCCCUAAACAGAGCUGCCUUCAGAUGUUUUCUAAAAGUCAGGUGGUUGUUUAUUUCCUUGACAUCUGAUGGGAGGGUGUUCCACAGCGCAGGCACCACUACCAAGGAGGCCCUCUGCCUGGUUCUCUGUAAUUUCGCUUCUUGCAGUGAGGGAACUGCCAGAAGGGCCUUGGAACUGGACCUCGGUGUCUGGGCUGAACAAUGGGGGUGGAGACGCUCCUUCAGGUAUACUGGACCGAGGCCAUUUAGGGCUUUAAAGGUCAGCACCAACAAUUUGAAUUGUGUUCGGAAACAUACUGGGAGCCAAUGUAGGUCUUUCAAGAUGUAGUUUCGGUGGCUGCUCCCAGUCACCAGUCUAGCUGCCGCAUUUUGGAUUAGUUGUAGUUUCUGGGUCACCUUCAAAGGUAGCCCCACAUAGAGCGCAUUGCAGUAGUCCAAGCGGGAGAUAACUAGAGCAUGCACCACUCUGGUGAGACAGUCUGUGGGCAGGUAGGGUCCCAGCCUGCAUACCAGAUGGAGCUGGUAAACAGCUGCCCUGGACACAGAAUUGACCUGUGCCUCCAUGGACAGCUGCGAGUCCAAAAUGACUCCCAGGCUGCGCACCUGGUCCUUCAGGGGCACAGUUACCCCAUUCAGGACCAGGGAGUCCUCUCUCAUUAUUAUUAUUAUGAUUGGAACACCCAAAGAUUGGGGCAUUUAGGAAACUGGGAGCAUCUUGAUAAUAAAAAUGAAUGUAUUACCUAUAAUGCUAUUUUUAUUCCAAUCUAUAUUGAUAGUGGAGCAGGACACUUCAAACAAUGACAAAAGGACAUAAUCUAAAUUUAUACAGCAGGCGGGAAAGCCAAGGAUUAAAUAUAAGUUACUAAUGGAUGCCAAGGAAAGAGGCGGAUUCUCUUGCCAGAUUUAAAGUUAUAUUAUGAGGCAUCCUGCCUCUGCUGGCUUCAUUAAUGGAUAAUGGUAAAUAAUUCAGAUAUAUUAGAUUUGGAAGGUUCUGAUAACAGACUUGGAUGGCAUGCAUAUCUUUGGUAUGGAAAAACAAAAGUACAUAAGGGAUUCGUGAACCAUGUAAGAAAAUCAAUUUAUGCUGUAUGUGGAAAAAUAUAAAAAUCUUUUAGAAGAUAAAACUACAUGGUGGUUAUCACCAUUGUAAGCAAUAUCAGUUAAAAAAACAAACAUGGAAGGUGAAUGGGCAACUUACAAAGAACUGUUAACCAAAGUAGGAAACCAAUUAAAGGUGAAAAAAAAUGAGGAUAUAAGACAUUUAUUAACAGAUUGGAUACAAUACCACCAACGAUCUGUUUAGGCUGGACAAAGGAUUGGGUUUCAGUAAAGAGUUGUCAAGGUUUGAAAAGGAUUUGUUGGGAAAUAAUGAAAAACUAUUGUCAAAAAUGUAUAAACUGUUGGAAUGGGAAACUGAAAAUGAAGAGGUAAAAGCAGUAAUGAUUCAUUAGGUGAAAGAUGUAGGGUACAAUAUACAACUUGCUGACUGGGAAAGAUUAUGGAGGGAGGAUUUGAAGUUCACAGCAUGCUGUACAUUGAAAGAAAGUUAUAUGAAAAUGAUGUACCAAUGGUAUUUGACUCCCACAAGAUCAGCGAAAAUGUACAAAAACAUACGUUGGAAGGGCAAAGAGAAUGAAGGCAUGUUAUGCCACAUGUGGAUGUGCAAAAAGGCUAGAGCAUUCUGGGAAAUUAUAUACUGUAUAAUGAACUGAAAAAAAUGUUUAAGAUAACCUUUGUAAAAAGAACACCCUGAAGCUUUUUUAAUAGGCAUUACAGGAGAAGAAAUACCAGAGGACUUAAAAAGACUGUUUAUGUAUGCAACAACAGCUGAAAGAAUGCUUUUUGCCCAGAAGAGGAAACGCCAACCAAGGAAGAGUGGAAAGUGAAGAUGAUGGACUGCAGAAAUGGCAAAAAAGACUGGGAAGAUCAGUCACCCAGAUGAUUGUAAAUUUUAAAAAGAAUGGUAUAAAAUUAUAGAGUACUUUAAGGAACAAUGUAAAGAUUUAAAGACGUUAGCACGAUUGAUUUAGCACUUGUAAUUUUUAAUAGAUAAAGGAUUAAAUAAGGAUUUAAUUAAAGUUAGAUAUAUGUAAUUAAAUGCGGUUAAAAAUAAAAAAUGUAUCUGUGGAAAACCAGGUGGGGGGGAGGGAAGUCCAGGAGUUCAGGGAAUCCUGCAAUUGUAUAAAUAUUGUUAAAUUUAAGUUUGAAUGAUGUUAAUGAUGAAAAACUGAAAAUAAUUUUUUUAAAGGAAAGGUCAUUCAGAUUGAAAUAUUUUUUUGUGUAAGUUUAGCUGUACUAGACUUUAUUAACUGACUAGUGUGAUAGUUAAUUUUAAAUAAAAUAUUUCUGAAAUUGAAAUGGC